CUUGUGUUUAACUCGGGAUGGAACGCUAAGGGGCGAUGGUGCUCUCACUCUCCCUCUCGCGUCUCUACUCGUUCCCUCCUUUCCUCUUCUUCCGUCACUUCUCAUUUCCCGCUGCCGAUCGCUGGGUGCUCCCUCCGCCUGCUGGGCCACCGCGUCCGAACGCCAUUGCCAGUGCUCCGUCGCUACUCUCCCCUCCGAAUCCCACUGGCAGAAACCGUCUGUCUCCGGCCGUCGGGAGCGACUAAUGAGAAGCCACUGUCGCCGCGUGUGAGGAGCCACUAUCGCCGCCCAUUUCUCUAUCGUGGGCUACCCAUCUGGUCUUUUGGUGGCCGAAGGUGAAAAAGAGAUGUCAACCCUCAAAGAAAUAUUGACAAGAAGGCCCGUUGCAGCAACAAUUCGGUUAACAGUGCCUGCAGGUGGAGCUCGGCCCGCUCCACCAGUGGGCCCAGCACUUGGUCAAUAUCGGCUCAAUCUAAUGGCCUUCUGUAAAGACUUCAAUGCUCGGACUCAAAAAUACAAACCUGAUACUCCAAUGGCCGUGACAAUUACUGCCUUCAAGGAUAACACGUUCGAGUUCACGGUCAAGUCUCCAUCUGUGACAUGGUACCUGAAGAAAGCUGCUGGCAUAGAAUCUGGUAGUAGUCGGCCUGGUCACAUCAAGGCCAGUACCCUCACUCUGAAGCACAUCUAUGAGAUUGCCAAAAUUAAGCAGUCUGACCCUUAUUGCCAAUAUAUGCCCCUAGAGUCAAUCUGUAAAUCCAUUAUUGGGACUGCAAGGACAAUGGGGAUUGAGGUUCAGAAGGAACUGGACUAACUUUUUUCUGAGCUACUGUUACCUGGAAAACCCAUUUUAAGUAAAAAAUCUGGUAACUUUGCAGAAAUGCCUCACAAAUGCCUGUUAGUGAAAGACACUGUUAUUGUUCCAUAUUUGAUUAGUUCCUUUAUGGUCGUGUCCCUUUUUUGUCUCCUCUCUGUAGAUUUGCUUUUGAUUGAAUGACAUGGUGCUUGGACAUGUCGUGUUAACACAUGUAUGCUACCGUCCUCUUUCUUAAGCACCAAAGUUGAAAAAUGUCAUUCUUUGCUAUGUUGUGUCUGUAUUCUUUUUUUAUCACAAGUGUUUUCUGGCAUGUUGGAAUACCCAAGUUUCUCUUGCUGAUGCAUGUUUAGAAAGAGAGGAAGAAGUGGAUCAGAAGAAGGGAGGGAGCGGGCCGGGGGAUGGUUUGAUCUCUCACCCAGGUGAUGGGGUCCCUCCUGCUCACCCAGAGGUGGUGGUACUGAAGAAAUCACAGCUGCAUAAUGCAACGCCAAGCUACAGGUGUUCCAGAUGAGAUGUCUUCUGACAUGAUUCAAUGGCACAUAUAUUUGCCUACCAAAUAGAGCGGAGUGUGAUUGCAAUGGUUUUAAAGGGGCUACUGGAUAAACCUGGUCUCAUGCGAAUGGAGCAUAUAUCACGUCUUUGGAAAAAGAGGACCAACCUUAUUUCAUUAUAUUGAUCUGGAAUUUCUUGUUUGACUUGCAUUA